AUGUUGAAGACGGAAGCGGUUGACGUUGAUACUGAUGCCGCAUCAUCUGAAUGGUCAUCUCAGUGUUCUGAAAGCUCGGAUCAUUUCAAAAAUUUUUGUGAAGAUAUAUUCGGCAAAGAAAGGCAUCCAUUUUUUGAUUACGUGGAAGAUGCAUCUGCAAGGAGGAUAGGAACGUUGAACGAAUUAAUUCUUGCCAAGAAGUUGAGAAACAUGGCAAGGAAGUCAUUGUUCCUUAAAAGAGCCGCAGUGCUAGUUGAAAUUUGUCAUUUCCUAAUCUGCGGUAUCUUCUUUGUUUGUUUCGACACACGGACUGCUGCAAUAUCAUUCUGUUUUCCGGAACCCUCGAGGUUCAUAGAUGUCUUCUUGAUAAUUACUGGGAGCAGUGUUGGACUCAUUGGAACACUUUGUUCUAUAAGGCCUUUGGUGACAUCCUUCUUGGUACUGCAGGUGGUAAUAAUUUGCUAUAUAGUUCUCGAUUUUUUAAUUCUACUCCGUAAUGUUAUUGCUGGAGUAUUUACUGAUUGGAUUAUAGUGAUCUUCUACAUCUGCUUCUUCGGCACUUAUUCUGCUUCAGUUAUUCUGAUCCGGCAAUAUCAACUUGACAUGCUUAACAGAACCGCACUGAAGAGCCGUCAGAGAUAUGAGAAAAAAAAAUCAUUUUCCACCAAUGUUUUGCCAAUGACACCGGAAGUACGAGUUUUCAAUCCUUCUGGAAAUCUUGAAGUGCUGCUUCCUCCCUCUCCAUUACGAUCACCUCUUCCUGAUUCUGUUAGGUAUGACGAAUCACCAACCGUAUUUCCUGAAUAUAAAACUAGUGGUUUACAAUGA